UAGGGGAAUAAUAUUAAAAAAUAACAAAUUUAAUAUUCUGAACUUGUACAACAAAUGAGAAGAUCCUAAUUACCAGCCAGCAACCAACGAUAUCUAUUUUUAGAGCGCAAAUACCAUUAGCGCAGCACGAUGGCUGAGUUAGCGGCGUUGCUACAAACGGAGAUUCCCGAGGGGCGCAACCACUUGACGGACAGCCACACUAACCUGGAGCGUGUGGCGGAGUACUGUGAAGCAAACUAUUUUCAAUCCGAGAACAAGCGGCUUGCCCUGGAAAGCACGAAAAACUACACAACACAGUCCCUGGCUAGUGUAGCUUACCAGAUAAACACAUUGGCUUACAAUUUCCUGCAGUUAUUGGAGCUGCAAACCAUGCAACUGGCAGAAAUGGAAGGGCAGAUGAAUCAUAUUGCCCAAACAGUGGCUAUUCAUAAAGAGAAGGUGGCUAGGCGGGAAAUCGGAGUGCUGACUGCUAAUAAAGUUACUAACAGACAGUAUAAGAUCAUUGCCCCGGCUAAUCCAGAGAAACCUAUUAAGUAUGUGAGGAAGAGCAUUGAUUACACAGCUCUGGACGACAUUGGACACGGCGCUCGCUGGAGCAGCGCAGGCACGCCGCGGGCGCGCCGCUCGGCCGCACCGGUCCAGCCGCUGCCCGCGCCCACCACCAAGCCACCAACACCGCCCGCCGCACGAGCACAGCAGCCUAAUACUGGCACGCUGGGCCGCGGCACGCUCGGCAAGUCGUCUCGCGAGUACCGCACGCCGCCAGCCGUGGCUCCGCCGCAGGUGCCGUCGCAUUACGCGCCCAAUUACCCGCGCCGCCCGCCCGGGUACUCCACGUUGCCGGUCGCUCAACCACAGGUUGGCAUGGUUCACCCGAACCAGCACCAGUCGCCCUCGAACUAUUCUCAGCAGGACUUGCAUUCCAGUAUGCCACCACCGCCGUCUCCACUGAUCGGGUCCGACGGAGAACACAGCCAGCAUUCCAUGAGUCUUCCCGGACAGCGCGGGUCGGGGUCGCUGAGCGGGCGCGGGGGCUCGGUGUCGCCGCCGCUGCCGCCGCCGCCGCUCGACGACGAGCUCGCGCACGACGCCUUCGGCCGCCAGCACCACCUCAACUACACGAAUGCCGUGCCCGCUAUCGUGCCUGACGAGGAAGACUUGCCGGGCUGGGUGCCCAAGAACUACAUCGAAAAAGUGGUGGCGAUAUACGACUACUACGCGGACAAGGAGGACGAGCUAUCGUUCCAGGAGAGCGCCGUCAUCUACGUGCUGAAGAAAAAUGACGACGGUUGGUGGGAAGGCGUCAUGGACGGAGUCACCGGCCUCUUCCCCGGGAACUACGUCGAGCCCUGCGUCUAA